AUGGCUUUAUCUACUGUGGAGCACUAUUUGUCGUAUUACUUGCGAGUACUACUACCUCAUUUUUUAUCAUCAAAGACAUCACAUAAAUUAGCAUAUAUUUUUUCUUUGUUUUCUGCUAUUACAUCGGGUUUUAUUGCAUUAAUUUCAUUAUAUUCAUUUCCAUGGCAAGUCAAAUUAAAUUAUACUUCUACACAAAUUAAUAUCAUUUCAAGUAUAGCUAAUUUGGGUGCAUAUUUGACUCCACCUAUCUUAGGUGUGAUUGCUGAUCUUCAUGGUCCUAUCACUUUAAGCUGUUUGGCUAUUCUUGGGUUUGUUCCAAGUUAUUCAUACUUGGCAUAUUCAUUUAAUAAUCCAGAGUUCUCUAUGUCACAAUCUUCUUUUACUGGUUCAGUUUUCUGUUUCUUUGUUAUUGGAAUCUCUACUAGUGCGUUAUAUUUCAGUGCAUUAUUAACUUGUACAAAACUGUAUCCACACAGAAAAUUGCUAUCUAUCAGUUUACCUACUACGUGUAUCGGGAUAUCUAGUCUAAUUGGAUCUCAGGUAUUAAAAUUGGAAACAUUUUGGAUUUAUGAUCCAAUAAACAAUUUAAAAUAUUUGGAUUUAUAUAAGGUGUUUAAGAGUCUAGCACAACUGUACGUUAUCAUUGGUAUUUCGGCAUGGAUUGCUACGGGAACCGUUUCUAUGAUACAGUCUAACGAAAGUUCAGAAUCACAGAAUUUGGAAGAAGAAGAAGUGAUAGAUAGUACACAUAGUAAUAGUGUUGAAAAUACUUCACAUAAUGAGACUGUAGCCUUAUUAAGACCUUCUACAUCCUCUCUUUCAAUUAGUUCAGCAAUGUUGACAGCUCAAGAGAACCAUAAAGAAUCGGAUGUUACGAGAAUAAUGCAUAAAUCUGUCUUUCAUGAUCCAACAUUAUAUUUGUUUGGAGUUACAAUGUUAUUAUCACUAGGUCCAUUAGAAAUGUUUAUUACCGAUAUGGGAUCAUUAGCAAAUGUUUUAUUAGGUGGGAGAGCGCCAUUGCAUGAGAAUUUAUCAAGCUCAUUAAUAUCUCUAUUUGCCAUAUCAUCCACCAUGAUAAGACUUAUUGUUGGGUUGAUAAGUGACUAUUUAAUAUUUAAUAAAAAAUCGUUGAAAUUGAUUCUAUUACUAUUGUUAAGUCUAACUUUAUUUGCUCAGCUAUUAAUUGUUUCAUAUUCUACAAAGUGGCCAGCCAAUAAAGAAUUAAAUAUAUCAAAGAUAUUAAUUGUGGAUUUACUAUUUGGCUGUGUUUAUGGUGGACUUUUCACAAUAUAUCCAACAAUAGUACUCACUGUGUGGGGACAAGCAUCUUUUGGUAGUGCAUAUGGUUCAUUGAUGAUUGCACCUGCAUUGGGUGCCACACUCUCAUGUUUGCAGUAUGCCCAUGUUUAUGAUACUCGUUGUGUGAAAAAUGUAAUAAAUUCAUGUAUUUCACAGGUGUAUUAUUUUGGUACCUUUCAAUUGACAGUUUCAUUAAUAACAACCAUUCUAAUUUUGAAAUCUUGGUACAGAAGAGGAAUUCGUGUAUAA